UGUGCUGACCUGUUCGGCUUUCUGACAAGGCAAGAUGUCAAAAUCAAGAGAAACCGUUACCGAGAAACGGACGGUAAUAACGUCCUCCUCUUCCUCCAACUAUGACGACUCCGGAGAUGCUACCACCAGUAGUUUCAAGUCAACCAUCUCCCCAAGGAACACAGUGCUGGCUCGCUCCCCUGGACUACCCGGACUUAGGACUUCAGGAAUCAGUGGAGACUCAGGAACUGUCAUCACCCGUACAGUCGAGUACGGGUACGGCAACAAACACAUGGGAGGAUUGCCAUCUGGUGCAUAUGAACAGCGCACAAACACUGGUGUGAACGAGAUGAAGCACAAUCGUGAAAAGGAAAAGAAAGACAUGCAAGAUUUGAAUGAAAGGUUUGCUAGCUAUAUAGAAAAAGUGAGAUUUCUCGAAGCCCAAAACCGUAAACUAGGAUCAGAAUUAGAGCAUUUAAAAUCAAAAUGGGGAAAGGAGACAAGUCAGGUGAAACAAAUGUACGAGACCGAGCUCGCUGAAGCAAGGAAACUAAUUGAUGACCUUACAAGAGAAAAAGCCAAUCUAGAGAUCAAGAACAAUAGCCUACAGGAACAGAUGUCCGACAUGCAAAGACAACUUGAUGAGGCUAAAAAGUACCACAACAUUGACCGUGAGCAGAUACAGAAACUGAACCAGCAGUUGUCGGACUACGAAGGAGAGAUCAACAUGCUCAGACGUACAGUCGAAUCUCUAGAAACUGACAGACAGAGGGACAGGGAUAGGAUCAACAAGUUACAAACCGACAUUGACCGUCUCAGAAUCGAUUUGAACAAUGAGACAUUGAACCAUCUUGACGCUGAGAACCGUCGCCAGACUCUGGAGGAAGAGAUGGUGUUCCUGAAGAAUCUCCACGAACAGGAACUUAAGGAACUUGCUGCUCUCGCCUACCGUGACACCACCGAAGAGAACCGUGAGUUCUGGAAGAACGAGUUGUCCUCUGCCAUUCGGGAUAUUCAGAGAGAGUACGACCAGAAAUCUGACCAGAUCCGAGGGGACAUGGAAGCCUACUACAACCUCAAGGUUCAGGAAUUCCGCACAGGAGCCACUAAGCAGAACAUGGAAGUCACUCAUGUUCGCGAAGAAAAUAAGAAACUUGUCAAGCAGAUGACAGAUCUUAGAGGACGACUUGCUGACCUAGAGGCCAGGAAUGCACAACUGGAGAAACAAUACCAAGACAUGCUUCGAGAGUACGAACAGAUGGAGACUGACCAUACUCUUGAGACUGCCACCCUGAGGGAAGAGAUCACUAAGAUGAGGUCCGAAAUGGAGAGCAUUCUCCAGGAGCUGCAGACCCUCAUGGACGCUAAACUCUCUCUUGAACUCGAGAUCCUUGCCUACAGGAAACUUUUGGAAGGAGAGGAAACACGAGUAGGACUGCGAAAUGUUGUAGAAGAGGCAGUAAACUCCCAAAGCAGAGGGGCAUCCCAAAUGUCGGAAAUGAUAUCAGGCUACGAGUCGAAGGGUGACUCAUCCGUUAGUAUGAGAAUGAUGCGCGGUGAAGUGUCUGCUAAGACAACAUACCAGAGAACAUCAACUGGUCCUCUAUCCGUGGCCGAGGUCAGCCCGGAAGGCAAAUUUAUUGUACUGGAAAACACCUCAUCCGGAAGUAACAAGAGGGAAGUUGAUUUGAACAAAUGGAAACUGAAACGAACCGUUGAUGGCCAACGUGACUACAUCUAUGAAUUUAGAAACUUCUCCCUGAAGCCAGGCAAAAGCGUGAAGAUCUUUGCUCGUGGGUCUGCCGGUGAAGCUGGUCUAAAUGAUCUUGUGUUCCGUGACGAAGAGACUUGGGGAUUUGGUGCCCAAGUAAACACCGUUCUGUUGAACGAGAAGAACGAGGAAAAAGCAACCCACACCCAGAAAACUAAAUACCAGUAAAAAUCUAGCCAUGCCAUGACGCCAACAACUACUGCAAAUUCUGUAUCUACUGUAGUGCGCUUCCCAUCAUCGACUGCUGACUUGUGAAUUAUACACCAUCGAUGGUUGGCUAAUUAAUCAAUGUUCAGUGUUACGGCUUUCUGUUAUGAUUCUUUAGCCAGCCGUCACCCGGUGUUUGAACGGUCCUCGAACCGAUUAGUAUAUGUUGAUCAGUGAUCUGGUAUACUUCAUCUUGUCACUGGUUUGUGCUUCAACAUUCAUCUUAGCACCUUGCCGACCAAAAUGAAUUGGUAACACGCGUCUAUCGAAACAAUUGGAACUCUUUAUCUUGUUCGAGUCAGAAAUAAUGGAUAUCUGCUAGUUUAAUCCUAGUGUGAUCUGGGAUAGAUCUUUGUUUGUUUCUCCUGGCCACAUACCUAUGCUUAGCUAUAUACCUCUACGAGGAAAGGUCCACAAGGAAAGCGAUAAAGUGGCUGUGAACUGUGAUGCAUAUGUGCUGCUUUUGUAACAUGCCGUUCACUAAACAUUAGAUGUGAAGUGAUGUAUGUGAUUUUGGAUAACAUUUUAUUGAUGUACAUGUCAUUGGUGUACCAAGCGAGUAUUUAUUCAAAUUUUAUCGUUAAUGAAUAUUUGUAACUUUUAUGUUUUUAACAAAUUAUGUUUGAGUUACGGUUUGUGUUCCACCUGCCUCCCUUUACUCGUCUUCUUCGUUACAAGCACCUUUUGUAACUUUUAUACGUUUUUUUUAAAAAUCAUUAUCAUUAUUCAUUUUUGCAAAAUUAAAUCUGGACUUUUUGUUCGGUGGUGUAGAGAAAGCUGAGAAUUUGAUAGUUCUGGCGUGAAUGCUGAACGCGAAGAUGAGUAUUAUAGGGGAGACAAAGCUACCACGGCUACUUAUAAUAUCCUCGUCUCUAUUAUUUAUGCAAUUUUCUUUCAAUAAAUGCUGUAUUUUGUAA